UUUCACUUCUAUUUCCAUCAAAUUGCCUCAAGUUCAUACUUGUUAACAAAUCACAGAUGUUCCUCUAGAAAAUGAAGUUUCUUCAACUCAUACCACAAAAAGAAUCAUCAAAUCUCCACACCAUCCAAUAUGACUACUCUUGUAUGUGUAGUUAUUUUGCCAUUGUCAUCAAAAAAGUUCCAACUAAAAGCUUCAGCCCAAAGUCAGGGUUAGAAUACGAUGGUCUUAAUUCAAUACUCGUUAAACUUCUAGGACAGUAAACCUAAAUUUUGUUGUACAAUUAAUCAUAUAUAGACCACCAGUUUAACAUCAUAUAGAAAUCUAAUGACCAAAGUAUCAUACUUAGAAAGGCAAUUAGAAGAUUCGAGAGGGCGAAUCCUAUGAGCAAGAAGAUGCACGAACACGUAGAAAAGCUAGGAAACUUGCAAUCUUUUUUCUUAUUAAAGGAUCUGUAAUAGUUUUGAUUUUAAUAUAUUUUAAUGUUACAGGCAGUGUCAGCUUAUAUACUACUUCCUUCAGUUGAUAUACUUAUACUUGAAAGUGUUUAGAAACAUGUUUUACAUAUAAGACAUUGGAUCAGUUUCUUUGAUCCAAUGUACUUUAUUAUUAAUGCUUAAGAUACUAUGUUGAGAUGUGGUUACUUGAUUUGAUGUUGGAUUAAUGGGUGUAUUGUUGAAUAUCACCCAGUUUCUGAUUUGUUUGGUCUGACUAACCAGUUAUUAGGCUUGUGAAUAUGUUCUGACAAACGCGCAUAGUUAUUUGCUUUUUUUUACAGGAAUUCCUCGUUAUCCUGGACCAUACCCACCUAUGAUUCGCCCUGGCUUUCCUCCUCGUCCGCUGCCUCCAAUGGGUGUGAUUCCGCAAAUUCUUCGACCUCCUAUUCCUGGAAUUCGUGGUCCUCAUGUGGUUUCUCCAGUUGUCAGGCCCGUUGUUCCUGCUGUUGCAACUGAGAAACCACAAACAACAGUGUAUGUUAGCAAGAUAGCUCCAACUGUUGAUAAUGAUUUUCUCCUCUCUCUUCUUCGACUUUGUGGACCAGUGAAGAGUUGGAAACGUGCUCAAAAUCCCUCUGAUGGCUCUCCUACAAGUUUUGGCUUUUGUGAAUUUGAAGCUGCUGAAGGAAUUCUUCGAGCUCUACGUCUGCUAACUAAGUUGAACAUUGAUGGACAAGAGCUGGGGGUAAGUUGGUUUCUCUGUCUCUUUAGAUAUAAUUUUUGGCAUGCUAUGGAAAUCUCAUAGCUUGAUCAUAACAUAUCAAGAUUAAAGCAAAAGUUAAUAUUACAUGGAUAUGCACUGUUGCAGUCAAGUAGCCUAAAGUGUCCAGAAUAAGAACAUUUGGGGAACCUGUAUUGCACACACUUACUCUUAAGCACACUAAAGAAUAUCAAAUAUGUAAUAUCCACAUGUAACAAGUAAUGCACGCUACGCACUGAACAAACUUUUUAGUGUAUUUUACAGAACAAGACCCUGAAACUAAAACAUCUGUCAAAGUAAUGUAACGCCUAAGUGACAAUAUUGUCAACAAAGAAUAGAAAGGGGGGAAA